AUGUCGGCAUCUACUUCCCAGAAUAUUGUUAUUGUUGGCGCUGGCUUUGGAGGGCUCACUAUCUACAACGAACUGGUCACGAAGGUUGACUCUUCGAAGUACAACCUCAUCCUCAUCAACAAUCGCUCUUUCUUCACCCAUCGACCCGCCGGCUUGCGAUUAAUUGCAACCGCUGAAGGCAAACUAGAAGAUACUGCCCUCAUUCCCUUAAAGGACUCUAGGUUCAACACCGGGAACAGGAAACUUGUUGUUGGAGAAGUCACUUCGAUCGUCGACGAUGACACAAAAGGACACUAUGUCGUCCUGAACUCCGGAGAACAAAUCGACUUCUCGAUCCUGAUUCUUUCUCCUGGUAGUAACUGGGACGGACCCCUUGCCUUUGGAAACACGAAAGCAGAGAUUGUAGAGCUAGCAACCACAUGGAGAACCCGUUUCGAGAAAGCAAAUGAUAUUGUCAUCGUGGGUGGAGGUUCCAUAGGACUUGAACUGGCUGGUGAAAUCAAAGACUUGGACCAAAAUAAGAAUGUGACCAUCGUGCACGCCCAACCACUGCUCCUCAAUGACUCUUACCCCGAGCGUUGGAGACGACGGACCGCAAAGGACCUUGAAGCACGAGGUGUUAACCUCGUCCUUGGUGAAUACGUUGAUGAAGUGGAAGUCGUUGAUGGCAAGGUCUCUACUCGAUCCAAGAAAUCCAUCAAAGCCGACCUCGUGGUUCCGACAAGGGGCCCGAGUCCUAACACCAAAUUUAUCGAAUCUCUUGGAUCAGAGGUAUUGAACGCUAAAGGUUACAUCAAAGUUUUGCCAACUCUUCAGCUCCCUCAACACGAGCGCAUUUUUGCCUUGGGUGACGCCAUUGACUGGAACGAGCAAAAGCAAGCCGCAAAAAUUCGGGAUCAUGCCCCCGCUAUCGUUAACAAUGUUCUCUUCCUUCUUGGAGAGAAGAAGAGUCUGAUCCAGUACAAAGGAGCCUUGGAGUUGAUAGUUUUGACGAAUGGCAAGAAUGGGGGCUCCGGUUACAUCGGAAUUCUAUGGGGUAUUGUUGUUGGAAACUGGUUUGCAAGGAUGGUUAAAUCUAGAGACCUUUUGGUGGAAAGGUCAGCGACGGGAUUACAGCUUCAGUAA